AUGCAAAAACCAAGACUAGAGAAUGCUGAACAAGAAAUACAAGAAGAAGAUGAAGUUGAUUCAAGCUUCUUCACGUGCGAGAUUUGCAUUGAAUCCUUGUUAGGAAAGCCAGAGAAAUUGAAUGGUCGAAGAUCACACUGUAAGCUUUCAAUAUCCCGGAUUGAACUCGGAACAAGCAGUGGAUCCUCUCUGAUACAGAGCGAUAAUCUCACCUCCCUUUUUUCAAAGUGGUGUGAUCUUCUCUGCCAUGAUUAUCUUCUAGGGUUUGAAAGGAGCCAUUACCCUGAUAGGACUUGCAUGGCGGUAGUGGUGAGCGAGUGUGGUGGAGAUGUGAAGAAGAGUAGAUGUUCAAACUGGUAUGGAUGUGGAAAAAGUAGGAACAUGAGGGAUUAA